AGUGGAAAGCGGCGGCGCUAUGACCCUGCAGCGUGUGCUCUGCUGCGAGUGUGUAAACUGUGAGGGAGGAAGUCAUCACCGAGUCCAGUUUGUUGCUGUUGCAGGAAUCACUAUAUCCUUCCAGCCCCUCAAACAAAUUCCAGGGAUUUUUUUUGCGCUUUUCCUCCUCCUCUUUCUGCGCGUCACCUCCCCGCCUGUCGCGCUGUCGAUGCCGGACUCCUUCAUCUUCACCUCGGAAAGUGUGUUUCAGUCACUGGAAAAGCGGAUUGGAUCACUGUGAUAAACCUUUUUGGAGGAAAACAACCGCUUUUUCUUAAAUCCCGGCGCAGCGGACUCAGUUGCACCGCCUCGGUAUUACUGUCUAACCCACUUAUCUGGACUAGUUGGGAAAGUUGAAGGAAUCCUUUUUCAAAAACGUGGACGCAGAAGGGAGUGGGCUCCUAGCGCGCUUGGAUUUACGCACAGUCUCUCACCAGCGCUCGACAGCAUGUGUGUGUGACUUGUCCUCCCGAGGUGUACCGUGGAUUUACCCGCUGUCUGAUCCGCGUGGACGCUGUCGUCUGCCCCUAAAAUAACCCGCAAAGCCGAGAGUCGCACCUCAUCAUGCGUUGCUUCGUGGAGAACAUCUGCGGCAAAGCUGAGGGAAGUGUCCAGACAGCAUGACUUACCCGGAGGAUUUCUCAGAAACGACACUCCAGUCUUGUAUGAGAUCUUAAUGCUGUUCCUUUUUGGUUUACAAAUAUGAUGAAAUGGCAGCCCCGGAAGAAGGCAUACUUCCGACAGGGUGUUGCCCUUCAGUACCUUGGUCGUCAUGCCGACGCACUGGCCGCCUUCGCCUCCGGGCUGGCCCAAGACCCAAAGAGCUUGCAGCUGCUGGUGGGGAUGAUAGAGGCCGCCAUGAAAUCUCCUCUGCGAGAGUCUCUGGAGCCCACCUAUCAACAGCUGCAGAAGAUGAAGCUGGACAAAAGUCCCUUUGUGGUGGUGUCUGUGAUUGGCCAGGAGCUGCUGACAGCUGGCCACCACACAGCCUCCGUUGUAGUCCUGGAAGCAGCUUUGAAGAUCGGCACGUGCAGCCUCAAGCUACGAGGAUCCGUCUUCUCGGCCCUCAGCAGCGCCCACUGGUCGCUCGGCAACACAGAGAAAAGCACCGGCUACAUGCAGCAGGACCUGGAGGUGGCCAAGACCUUAGGUGACCAAACCGGAGAAUGUCGUGCCCAUGGGAAUUUAGGCUCGGCAUUCUUCUCUAAAGGAAACUACCGUGAAGCUCUGACAAACCAUCGCAACCAGCUGGUUCUCGCCAUGAAGCUAAAGGACAGAGAGGCUGCCUCCAUGGCCCUGAGCAGCUUGGGCCACGUCUACACAGCCAUAGGGGACUAUCCAAACGCCCUGGCUAGCCACAAGCAGUGCGUCCUGCUGGCCAAGCAGUCCAAAGAUCAGCUCUCGGAGGCUCGGGAACUGGGAAACAUGGGCGCCGUCUACAUCGCUAUGGGAGAUUUCGACAACGCUGUCCAGUGCCACGAACAGCACCUGGGGAUCGCCAAGGCGCUGGAGAACAAGCGGGAGGAAGCUCGGGCGUACAGCAAUCUUGGCAGCGCCUACCACUACCACAGGAACUUUGACAAGGCCAUGUCCUACCACACUCACGUCCUGGAGCUGGCCCAGGAGCUGGAGGAGAAGUCCAUUGAGAUGAGGGCUUAUGCCGGUCUGGGCCACGCUGCCCGCUGCAUGCAGGACUUGGAGAGGGCAAAGCAGUACCAUGAACAGCAGCUGUCUAUAGCGGAGGGUUUGAAGGACAGAGCCGCGGAGGGCAGGGCCUCCUCCAAUCUGGGCAUCAUUCACCAGAUGAAGGGCGACUACGAGACGGCGCUGAAACUCCACAAAACCCACCUGGCCAUCGCUCAGGAGUUGAACGACUACGCUGCUCAGGGCCGGGCGUACGGCAACAUGGGCAACGCCUACAACGCCUUGGGGGCUUUCGACCAGGCGGUGCGCUAUCACCGGCAGGAGCUGCAGAUCUCCAUGGAGGUCAAUGACCGGGCGUCGCAGGCGUCCACACACGGCAACCUCGCCGUGGCCUACCAAGCCCUUGGUGCUCAUGACCGCGCUCUCCAGCACUACCAGAACCAUCUCAACAUCGCCCGCGAGCUCAGAGAUGUCCAAAGCGAGGCGAGGGCGCUGGGGAACCUUGGGAACUUCCACUGCUCUCGCGGAGAGUUUCCUCAGGCUGUCCCCUACUACGAACAGUACCUCCGCCUGUCCCCUGACCUGCAGGACAUGGAGAGUGAGGGUAAAGUUUGUCACAAUCUCGGGUAUGCCCACUACUGCUUAGGCAACUUCCAGGAUGCCGUCAAGUACUACGAGCAAGAUCUCGCACUGGCCAAGGACCUUCAUGACAAGCUGAGCCAGGCCAAGGCGUACUGCAAUCUCGGGCUGGCAUUUAAAGCCCUGGGGGACUUUGCAAAGGCUGAGGAAUGUCAGAAGUACCUGCUGUCGUUGGCGCAGUCCUUGAACAAUGCACAGGCUCGUUUCAGAGCUCUCGGAAACCUGGGCGACAUAUUCGUCUGCAAGAAGGACGUGGCCGGAGCCAUUCAGUUUUAUGAGCAGCAACUGGCGUUAGCUCACCAGGUGAAGGAACGCCGGAUGGAGGCCUGCGCCUAUGCUGCCCUCGGCGCCACCUACAGACUUGUACAGAAAUACGACAAAGCUCUGGGCUACCACACCCAAGAGCUGGAGGUUUACCAGGAGCUGGGCGACGUGUCGGGGGAGUGCAAAGCCCACGGCCACCUGGCCGCGGUCUACAUGGCUCUGGGGAAGUACGCCAUGGCUUUCAAGAGCUACGAGGAGCAGUUGGAGCUGGGACGCCGGCUCAAGGACCCCGUGGUGGAAGCUCAAGUGUACGGGAAUAUGGGCAUUACCAAAAUGAAUGUGGGCGUGAUGGAGGAAGCCAUCGGCUACCUGGAGCAGCAGCUGGCCACUUUGCAGCAGCUGAGUGGCAAUGAGGCCGUAAUGGACAGAGGGAGAGCAUAUGGCAACCUGGGAGACUGCUACGAAGCGCUGGGAGAUUUCGAGGAAGCUAUCAAAUACUAUGACCAGUACUUAUCGGUGGCUCAGAGCCUGAAUCGGAUGCAGGACCAGGAGAAGGCCUACCGAGGAUUAGGAAACGGACACAGGGCUAUGGGAAACCUUCAGCAGUCACUUGUGUGCUUUGAGAAGCGCCUGGUUGUUGCGCAUGAGCUCGGUGAGUGCGGAGGAAAGGCCCAGGCUUACGGCGAGCUGGGAGCUCUUCACAGCCAACUGGGUAACUACGAGCAGGCCAUCUCUUGCCUGGAGCGUCAGCUGGCCAUCGCACGUGACACCCAGGACAGACUUCUGGAGGGCGACGCCAGCUGUGGCUUGGGUGCGGUGUAUCAAGCUAUGGGAGAGUAUGAAACAGCGCUGCGGUGCCACCAGAGCGAUCUUGAAAUCGCGGAAGAAGCCGGGAGCCCCGCGCGGCAGGCCCGGGCGUACGGAAACUUGGGCCUCACGUACGAGUCGCUUGGAAACUAUGAGCGGGCGGUCGUGUUCCAAGAACAACACCUGAGCGUGGCGGCUCAAACAAAUGACUUGGCGGCAAAGACUCUGGCCUACGGCAGCCUGGGAAGGACACACCACGCACUUCAAAACUACUCGCAGGCCGUCAUGUACCUCCAGGAAGGCCUGCGGCUUGCCGAGCAGCUGGCACGGCGUGAGGAGGAGGCGAAGAUCCGCCAUCGACUUGGGCUUUCUCUGUGGGCCAGUGGGAAUCUGGAGGAGGCCCAGCAUCAGCUUUAUCGUGCGUCUGCGCUGUUUGAGACGAUUCGGCACGAAGCCCAGCACAGCACCGACUAUAAACUCUCCCUGUUUGAUCUGCAAACCUCCUGCUACCAGGCGCUCCAGCGGGUCCUCGUGAGCCUCGGACACCACGACGAGGCGCUGGCAGUGGCGGAGCGUGGCCGCACACGCGCUUUCGCUGACCUUUUGGUGGAGAGGCAGACGGGCCAACAAGAGUCCGACCCUUACACGCCGGUCACGGUGGAGCACAUUUUGGACACGGUCAACAGCCAGAGAGCCCUGGUUCUUUACUUCUCCAUGGCAGCUGGUUAUCUGUACAGCUGGCUGUUGGCUCCAGGAGCAGGCAUCCUGAAGUUCCACGAGGUGUAUCUGGGUGAAGGCGUAUCCGAAGGAGGCUCGGAGUUCCAGGAGGGGAGCAGUGUCAGCAUGGUCGGAGGAUCUUCUCUGGAGCAGCACAUUGCCAGCGCUCGUGAGGCUCUGGGGGUGGAGUCGUACUACAGCAGGGGGUGUUCAAACAGCGAGACGGAGAGCGAAGCGGGGGAUUCGCUGGACCAACAGUUUGAAGAGCUCAACAACAAGCUCAAUUCCGUCACCGAUCCGACCGGAUUCCUGCGCAUGGUCUCCCGGAACAACCUUUUCAACAGGAGUUGUCAGAGUAUGACCAGCCUCUUCAGUAACACAAUGUCUCCCGCCAAAGACGGCAGCUCUUCUCUGCCGCACCGCUCCAGCGGGCUGGGGAAGCCUCCUCUCCGGGCUCUUUAUGACCUGCUCAUUGCACCCAUGGAAGGGGGUCUGAUGCACUCCAGCGGACCGGUGGGCAGACACAGACAGCUAGUGAUGGUCCUGGAGGGAGAGCUCUAUCUCAUCCCCUUCGCCUUGCUCAAAGGCAGUUCGUCGAAUGAAUAUCUGUAUGAACGCUUCAGCCUCAUCGCAGUCCCCUCAAUUCAAGGCCUCGGAUCCAGUUCAAAGGUUCACCCCAGACGUCCGGGACCAGCUCCAUGUGGUGGGGUCUCAAUGGCGGCAGUGGUGGGGAACCCCAGACUGCCUUCCCCGGUGAUGGACCGGUGGCUAUGGGGGCCGAUGCCGUCGGCAGAGGAAGAGGCGCUCAUGGUGGCGGAGCUACUGGGCUGCCAGCCUCUGGCCGGCUCGGCCGCCACUAAAGAGAGGGUGAUGAGCGCUCUCACGCAGGCUGAGUGUGCCCACUUUGCCACCCAUAUUUCAUGGAAACUGGCAGCGCUGGUGCUCACUCCAAACCCCGAGAGCGUCACUGGCGGAGCGGGUUCCAGUGUGGGAACGGUCGGACGGGGCGGGGGAGGAAGGAGGGGGAGCAGCAGCAGAGGAAGGAAGGGUUCGGUCGGGAGCGGCUACACCAUCCCUGAAUCCCUCCACAUGCAGGACGACGGCAGCGACGUGGAGAGCAUCUGUGACAGCCCGUCCCUGCAGGAGUUCCUGCUCACGGCUGCAGAUAUCCUGGACUUGAGGUUGCCUGUCAAGCUGGUGGUGUUGGGCUCGUACCUGGAGUCCAGCAGCAAGGUGACUGCCGAUGGGGUCGUCGGACUGACCAGGUCGUUCCUGGCUGCCGGUGCUCAGUGUGUCCUGGUGUCCUUGUGGCCCGUCCCGGUGGCAGCCUCGAAGGUUUUCGUUCAUGCUUUCUACACUGCCUUGCUCAACGGGACCAAGGCCAGCGCAGCAUUGGCUGAUGCCAUGAAGACGGUUCAGAGCAGCAAGCAGUACUCACAUCCAUCCAACUGGGCUGGGUACAUGCUCAUUGGCAGCGAUGUGAAGCUCAACAGCCCCUCCUCUCUCAUUGGCCAAGCUCUGGCUGAGAUCCUGCAGUACCCAGAUCGUGCUCGUGAUGCCCUGCGAGUGCUGCUCCACCUGGUGGAGAAGUCUCUGCAAAGGAUCCAAAACGGGCAGCGCAACUCCAUGUACACAUCACAGCAGAGUGUGGAGAACAAGGUGGGCGGGGUCCCCGGCUGGCAGGCUCUUCUGACAGCUGUGGGCUUCCGUCUGGACUCUGCAGGCUCCAGCAUCCCUGCUGCUGUCUUCUUCCCCACCGCUGAUCCGGGGGACAGGCUCCAGCAGUGCAGCACCACCUUGCAGUCGCUCCUGGGUCUACCACCACCAGCUCUCCAAGCUCUGUGCAAACUCAUCACAGCUUCAGAAGCAGGCGAGCAGCUCAUCAACCGGGCUGUUAAAAAUAUGGUGGCAAUGCUCCAUCAGGUGCUAGUUCAGCUUCAGACAGGUGAAAAGGAGCAGGACUUCUCCCUGCUGCCCAUUCAGGUGUCCAUCAGCGUGCAGCUGUGGAGACUGCCGGGGUGCCACGAGUUCCUAGCUGCCCUCGGGUUUGACUUGUGCGAGGUGGGCCAGGAAGAAGUGGUUCUGAAAACCGGCAAACUAGCCAAUCGCCGUACCUUGCACUUUGCUCUUCAGUCUCUGCUGGCACUUUUUGACUCCACAGAACUGCCCAAGCGUCUGAGCCUGGACAGCUCGUCCUCGCUGGAGUCCCUUGCUUCGGCGCAGUCUGUCUCCAACCCUCUGCCUCUGGGUUACUCCACCCUCCCCUUCUCUCCUUCCUGCCUGGACAGUCAGGCCUCAGACGCGAUCUCUGUUUAUAGUCUCAGCUCUGUAGCUUCCUCCAUGAGCUUCGCUUCCAAGUCCGAUUGUGAUUUCCUCAGUCACCGCCAGCGCAGCGGUGCCACGGCCCACUAUUCAGCCCACCGACACCCUCACGUUCCACGCAGUCGCUCCUCUCCCCACGGGGCCGCCGCGACACUGGGAGGCACCCGAGGGGAGGAGGAGGAGUAUGAAGGCUUCUCUAUUAUUAGCAGCGAGCCCCUGGGCAGCCACUGCGACUCCUUGCCUUUUCCACCUGGACACAGCCAGCGUCACCACCGAGGAGGGAGGGGGGUCUCUGGAGGCUCCGCUUCCAGGGCGGGAAGAGGCUACACCGUGUCAGUGUCAUCCCGAGGCAGCGUCAGCACCCCCACUUCCCCGGUCAAAACCUGCCUGGUGCCAAGUCCAAACUCGCCCUUUCAAAAGGUGGGUAAAGUGAGCAGCUCCGACACGGGUGAAUCCGACCAGUCCAGCACGGAGACAGACAGCACGGUCAAGUCUCAGGAAGAAAAGGUGGCCCCUCUAGAUCCUCAGGAGCUGGCGCAGAAGAUCCUGGAGGAAACCCACUCGCACUUGCGUGCCGUUGGUAGCCUACAGCGGGCAGGGGCAGAGGGUGCCUCUGCAGGAGGAGGCACAGCUCGAAGCAGCGCCUUCCGCGCCUCCGAAACCAGUGCGUUCAGCCGGCCGAAUAGCAGCGCCAGUGGUCGCCUUCACUCUUCCCCAAAGCCUAAACCCCCCUCCCGCUCUUCUUCCCUGCAAAAGAUAAGUUCCGGUUACAACAGCCCUGCUGUCUCCGAGUCUUCCCAAAAGGAUGGCAGUCAUCCAUCGCCCACGCUGGACAGCCACGCCCAGUUCAAAUUAAAGUAUCCCAGCUCCCCGUACAGCGGACACAUAUCUCGAUCUCCGAGCAACAUUUCGCCCAGUUCCGGCCACCAGUCCCCUGCUGGCAGCGCCCCCUCCCCAGCGCUCUCCUACUCCUCUACUGGAUCUGCAUGCUCCACAUCAGCUGAGCCAUCAGACCUGGACCGCCUCAGAAGAGGCGUCAUUGAUGAGAAAGUCCAAGCUAUCCACAAUCUGAAGACCUUCUGGGCCAAUGCUGCGGCCCAGCAACAGCAGCAGCUGGGUCCUGUCAGAGCCGUCCACGCUUCCCCGGGACCUCUGGCUGCUGCCAGCCGGGAUGUGCUGAGUCUUCUUAACCUUUCGCCACGGAGGUGCUCCCCGAGUGAAACUCAAGACAGCCUGGAACUGCGGGAGAUGGGGCUGCAGUCACUGGACCGGGGGAGCAAGAACUCUUCGAACGGACAUCACUGCUCCAACCCCAGAAAGGUGGCCCCGUCACCCGCCUUCUCCACGAGCAGUAGUCCUGGUGCUCAUUCUAUCAGACUACCUGCUGGCAAUGGAUACAAGUUCCUCUCGCCAGGGAGGUUCUUCCCUUCCUCUAAAUGCUGAGACUUUCAACGUGGCCCCCCCCGGGUUUUACAAGCAGGAAGAGAAGGGCCAAAAAAGCUGACCGCUUCAAGGACUCAUCCGGUCAGUGAGUGCGGUCUUGCAACGGCACUUGAAUGCUUUAGAGUGUCUUGUCUUCGUGCCCAUAAUACUGUAAAUGGCAAUGAAAAAUACUCCACGACCUGAUACUGUGUUUGUGUGUAUCUGUGUGUCAGGUUUCUGUAAAUGCCAUUUAGUAUUUGCUCCAGAAAAAAAUCUUGUUUGUGUGGGCCAAAACGCAACAGCUACAACUGAUUUUCUUUGUUCGGAUUUUUUCUCUUUUCAAAUUUAAUGGUUAUUGUUAUUAUUAUUAUUAUUGUUUGCAAUGUUAUUAAUGUUAUAAUAAUUAAUAUUAUGUUUGUAAAUUAAUUCCAGUGGUUCACAAUCAGUAUUAAGCGUUUUUAUAUGAAUAAAAGGUGAAGAAACAUGUACCGUGUAAAGAUGGAUAGAAUGGAGGAAAAAAAGAUUUAAUAUUUUUUAUUGAAAUCAAACGGGGCAUUUUGCCUGAUUUCUUUGUGAAUUGAGUGUCUGCUCUGAAGCAUGGGUUCUCUUGCUAUUCAAUGUUCAGUAUAAUGUAUGACUUUUUAGCCAUGAUUUUUGAGAUUAAACAUCAAGGUUUCAUGCAACCACCUGCCAUUUAUCAGU